AUGAAAAGUAAAAACCCCUGGGUUCUCUUGUCAGGGGAGAGGGGCUUCCUCUGAUUAUUUCUCUAACGAACUCUUUGCCAGACUGUUCUCCCUUCCCACACCUGAUGAUCUAAUUAAGCAACCUCCUCUUUUCAUCUUUCAUAUUUCAAACUUCAAUGAAAAAAUAAACCAUUUCUGCAGAUUCUUCCUUCUUAAGAUCAAAUUUGUUUGACCACAGAAUGAAACCCUAGAAUUUUCUUAUUCUGUUUUUGGAUGUCGAAUUCAUGUGCAGAUCGAGUACUUCAUCUGAGGAGUUGCUAGUUAUUGUGCAAGUCUUCAAACUUCUAACAUCGAGAUCUAAUUGAAUCCAAGGUAUUUCUUUGAUCUCCUUGCGGUGUAUCCCCUUGGAUCUUUCGUCCAUGGCGAAAGAAUUCAAUGUCCCGCCUGUUAUUUUCCCAUCCGGCGGAAAUCCCAGCACCGUUCCGCAACAACGCCGAGUCCCUAAUGUGCCGUUUCAACCACCACGCCCUGGCAACCCUAAUAAUCUUCCUUUCAUUUCCUUCGAUGGUGGAUCUGGUGGAUCUCCCCCAAUGGCCCCAACAUCGACGUCCUUCCCUCCUCCAGCCUUUGGCGGAUAUGGAUUGGGGAUUAGUGGAGUGGGAAUUGGCUUGGGCUUCGAGGACGAGCUACCUUUAUUGGAAGAACUCGGAAUCAACACUCGUCAAAUCUGGAGGAAGACCCUCUCCAUCUUAAACCCCUUUAGAAUGAACGCCAGUCUUCAUGAAGAUGCAGACUUAUCAGGUCCCUUUCUCUUCCUCAUGGCUCUCGGCCUCUUUCAAUUGCUCGCUGGAAAGAUCCAUUUCGGCAUUAUUUUGGGUUGGGUUACGGUUGCUGCUCUUUUCCUCUACGUCGUAUUCAACAUGUUGGCGGGUCGCAAUGGGAAUUUGGAUCUUUACCGUUGCUUGAGCCUCCUGGGCUACUGUAUGUUGCCAAUGGUGAUCUUUUCGGCAUUCUCUUUGUUUCUUCCACAAGGAGGAGUGGUUAUUUUUGGGUUGGGAGCAUUGUUUGUGCUAUGGUCGACGUGGGUUUGUACACGCCUUCUGGUUGAGCUAGCUUCUUGCGGGGAUGAGCAUCGGGGUUUGAUAUUUUACGCUUGUUGUUUGAUUUACAUGUUGUUUUCUCUUCUUGUGAUAUUCUGAAAGUGAUUGUUGCAAAGUUUACAUCAGGGGAGUUCCAUUUAUUGUUGCUGUACCUUCCUUCUCAUAGGUCUUAUUGCAAUUCUGUUUUGCUCACUCUGUAAAGCCUACCUAAUUUUUAGGUUUCACAUCAAAUGCAAAAUUUUCAUCAGUUAGGUA